UUGUGCGGGAAAUGUUGAGAUAGUUUCACCAUUACUGCGUGCCAAGACGAAAUGAACAGGGGUAGAAUAGUUGCGAGCGCUUAAUUUUCGCACAAGCACCUAUUUGUAUUUGUCCACCCAGCGCAGACAUUUCUACUUUUCUUUUUCGAGUCCAAUUCCUCAUUCUCUAUACUUUGUCGUUGCUCUUCAGCACUGCUUUAUGUAUACAUAGUCUACCAAUUAGCUAUCUUGCGAGCUGCGGCUAUAGCGAUACACCAUGUCCUUUGUUGAGUAUGCUAUUGUUUCGACACAGGUAUCGUAGACACAAAAAUCUAAAAAUAAAUCUGCGUUUUGCUCAGGACGCUUCACUCUUGCCUGUCCCACGACUGAGCACUGAACCGUCGAUUACAACCCCUCGAUUACACAUUACCACGUAGGCGUUGGCCAAGGUUCUGGUCAUUGGAUCCACGGGGUACAUGCUAAAGCUGCGAAAACCCGACCUCAAGAUCUUGGCCCGGAUCAACAUCUCUUUGUUGACGCCGGCGCUCAUGUUCUCAAAGAUAUCCGGGUCAUUGGAUCGCGACACGCUGUUCCGGCUCUGGCUCGUUCCUGUUCUUUAUGGUCUCCUUGGGUAUGCCGGGUACCUCUGGGUUCAGUAUGCCGGGCGGAGAAUAAAGCUUCCAGACGGGUAUAAACGGCUGUGCGGCAUUGCAGUGUUCUUCUCGAAUGUGAACACGAUAAUGGUUCCAAUUGUGCAGACCAUUGCUGCCAGCCCUACCGCUGAAUACCUAUUGCGUGAUGAUGAUGACACACCAGAGGAAUUAGCUAACCGCUGCAUUGCAUAUGGGAUGUUGGUCAGCAUCAUCAACAACCUGCUGCGGUGGAGCGUAGGCGUUGCACUGAUGUUGCCGGAGCAGCAUGGCCCAAUGGAGGAGAUGCCAGGGACCCUGUCCCCAAUACCAAUGAGAGCGUCACCUGGUCGGGAGUCGGAGCAGAGUUCUCUGUCGGACUACUCGGAUGAGCAGUUGGAGGUCGGAAUGCUGUCAUUGCGACCAGCCCAUGGCGUGGUAGCGACAGCAGCAAAUGCGUGCGUGCGUAUCUGGGCAAGGAUCCAGCCCUGCAUGACACCGCCGCUAGUUGCAGUAAUCACUGCAGUGCUCGUCGUACUGGUUCCGGCGGUGCAGGACAUGCUUCUUGCCGAAGGAACCUACGCAUUCACUCUAUGGAAGGCCAUUGAUACGUGUGGCGAGGCAUGUAUUCCGCUAACAUUGUUGGCAUUGGGUGGGCAGUUGUAUGUCAUGGAGGACCGGGACGCUGAAUUUGAGACCAGCAGUUCAACAGAUGUCUCGAAGCGUACACAGGAACAUGGCAUCAUGCUUGUGAUGAUGGGCCGGUUCCUGGUGGUGCCGACAUUGAUGUGUUUGUCGCUGUUUAUAGUACACAUGCUGUUUCCUAUGUUGAUGCCACUGCUGCAACAGGACCCGGUGCUGUUUCUGACGCUGGCGCUGGUUUCAGCUACUCCGCCCGCCGUGAAUCUGCUGACAAUGUCUCAAAAGAUGGGGCUAUAUGAGAACGAGUCAGCACGCAUCCUGACGUACUGCUAUAUCAUGGGCAUAUUUGUUCUUUCUGUCGAGGUCUCCGUGUUUCUGUGGCUCACGUCGUUGCUGUAAAGUGGCAUUUCAAUAUAUUUAUGAUGUAGAGAAGCCAUUGGUAAUUUGGAUAAAGGUCGUGUUGUCUACACAUGUCGCCAAAAGCUGCUAUGAGCAGGGCUGGAUAUAG